GAAGUACCAAGUAAUCCACAUGAACAAGAAGAGAUUAUAGAAACAGUAGAGAAAGAUUAUUAUAAUGAUGAAUCUUGGGAUGCUAGUAAUUAUGAAUUGGAGAAAUUACCUGAGAAGUUGAGUUUAUCAGAGAUUGAUGAUGAUAGAACCAAACUUAGAAAACAGUUACAAGCUGUAUCGCGGAAAGUGUCAGAACUCAUCUUACAAAAUCACCCAGCGUAUGCUGCCGAGUUACAGAGAGUUAUGGAACUUGAUCGAUGCUUACAGGCAGCUGGAGUUGUGUGUGCUAAAGGCAGAAAAGAGGUGCUACAUGGUAAAACUAUCUUCACCUCUGCCAGCCUGGGUUUAUUAGCUAAUUAUAAAAAACGACAACAGUUACUGGGUUUACUCAAAUCUUUACAUACCAUUAAAACACUGCAAAGAACAGAUUUAAGAUUGAGAGAAAUGAUGGAGGAAGAAGAUUAUUGUGGUGCCAUACAAUUAUGUUUAGAAUGUCAAAAAGCAGCCAGUACAUUCCGCCAUUUUAAAUGUAUCAGUGAAUUGAGCUCCAAGUUACAAGAUACAUUAGAGAUGAUAGAAGAACAGUUAGAUAUAGCCUUGUCUAAAACUUGCAAUGGUUUUGAUGUCAAACAUUAUGAUAAAGUACAGAAAGCCUAUAAUUUAUUGGGCAAAACACAGACUGCCAUGGAUCAGUUACAUAUGCAUUUUGCGAGCGCUAUACAUAACACAGCAUUUAUUAUAGUGUUAGGUUAUGUUGAACUGUGUUCCGGUGGAUCUCAAACCAACUUUCAAAAACGACAAUAUCCAGACUUAUGUAGGAAUUUAACAACAGAUAGUUUUAUACCGUGUUUAAUAGAUCUGUGUAAAGCAUUAUGGGAAGUUAUGAGAAGUUAUUAUAAAACUAUACAGUGGCAUGAACAGAAUGAUAUCUUUAAUAAACACACUACAGAAGAGUCAAGCAGUGAAAAUGUAGAAGAAACUUUUAAUCGAAGAUAUAUAACACAGAAACUGGAAUAUGGGCGUGGUCGAGUCUGGCAAGACGUACAACAGAAAGUUAAAACAUAUAUUCUAGGGUCUGAUCUUUCAGGUUUUAAAUUAGAUGAAUUUAUCAGAGUUCUGGAUAUUGUUGGAAGAUUAAUAGAAAUCGGUGAACAGUUUUGUGGCAGCAAAUCAGAAGGUCUACAAGAUUCUUUGAAACAACAAAGUUUAAAUUAUUUUAAAAAUCAUCACAGUGCUAGAUUAGAUGAAUUAAGAGUAUUUUUAGAAAAUGAAGGUUGGGAACUCUGUCCUGUUAAAUCAAGUUUUAAUAUAUUACAACUAAUGGAGUAUAGAUUUAUGCGAGACUGGCAGGCAGGAAGACAAUCAGACGUCAAGACAGUGGACGAUACGACACCAGUAAGAAAUAAUACACUAGAGUUAGGAUAUUUUAAAGAUUAUCUGAACCAGGGAAAUCCCUUUGAUGUUCAACCUGAUGAAGAGGAAAAUGAAGAUGUUUAUGUUGGAACAGGGAAAGAAGAAGGUUAUGGAGAUAGUGAUAGUGAUAAUGACGUACCAGAUGAAUUAAAACAAGAUUAUAUCGACGAAUUAACAGGAGAGGCUCUCAAAAAUAGCCGUCAAAUCAAAAGAGGUAUUUCUAAGAAUCGAAGUGCAGGUCACAAACAGGCACCAAUUAUCACCAAUACAACUCUAAAUGUACUCAGGGUUAUGGGUAAAUAUUUAAAGAUGAUGACAGUUUUACGACCGAUAUCAUUUGACGUCAUCACGUGUCUAGCUCAACUCUUUGAUUUUUAUCUUUAUACCAUCUUUACCUUCUUCGGUGGAGAUGUAAUCAUAAUCUCUGUUCUUCAGGGUAUGGAUAAAUCUAUCAACAAUCGGCUGCGAAUCACGUUAUAUCGUAUCCAUGACAACAUGAUAUCAACACCAACACAACCUGGCAACCAAACACCAGAAACAGAAGAUAAUCGGGAGAAGAUUCCCCCAGCCACCAUCUCACCCUGUGUUAAUUUAGAUGAUCCUAAUGGUUUAUUUGGUUUGGCUGAGAGAACAGUAGCUGUUGAAUCUCUAGUAUUUUUAGCAGAUCAGUUGGAAUUUCUUCAACCAUAUCUAGAAAGUAUGAUUCCCGCCAAUAAAAAAGCUUUUCUUCAACAAUUCUAUGCUCAGACAGUAAAAAUGGGAGUAGAGUUAAGGAGACCGGUAUAUAAACAUGUUUCAAUACGAGCUAUAGAUUAUGAUUCUAUAUUACAACAGAUGGGGACGGUGAAAUGGGAUAUUAAAGAAAUUAUGUCACAACAUAAUACAUAUAUAGAUGCUUUAUUAAAGAAAUUUAUCAACCUGAACAAUAAGAUGAUGGAAGUUGAAAUGAGAAUACCAAUUCCAAAAGUUGUAAAAGAUGUGAUCUGGGAACAUUGUAUUAGACUAGCUAACAGAGUUUUUGUAGAAGGUUAUUCCAAUGCUAAGAAAUGUAGUAAUGAAGGUAGAGCUUUGAUGCAGUUAGAUUUUCAACAAUUUCUCAUUAAAAUUGAUCAAAUAGUCGAAAUCAAACCUGUACCAGAAAGAGAAUUCGUAGAAACGUAUAUUAAAGCUUAUUAUUUACCUGAGAGUCAAUUAGAAUCCUGGAUACAAGAUCAUAAGGAAUAUUCAUCAAAACAGUUGUUAGCUCUAAUUAAUACAGUGGAUCAUUUAAAUCGUAAAGCUCGUCAGAAACUCACUAAUAUUAUAGAAGAUAUAGAUAAAACACGUAGAUAA